AUGGAGGGGUUGAAUGAAGAAGAUGAUCAAGAGGGAGUGGUAGCUCCCAGACCAAAAAGAUCUCAAAGAGAGGAAGAGCAAGAGCAAGCUCAUGGUGCCAUAGACAUGAGCCAGCUACAAAGAGCAAUUGAAGAGCUAUCUCAGCAACUCAUGCAAACUCAACAAGAGCAAAAUCAAGGGCGCCAAGAGCAAUAUCUAGAGCCCCAUCCAGAGUUUCGGGAGCAAUAUUUGAGGGAUAAAGAGGAGCGAGAAGCUUGGCAGCGUCAAAUGGAGGAGAGGCAAGAGAGCUGGCAACAACAGAUGAUGACUCAACAGCAAGAAUUUCAAACAAAGAUUCUUGAAGAACAAAGGGAGCAAUACAAAGAAUUCAAAGAAUCAUAUGAUAAGUUGUACUUUAGUCAAGCUUAA